AUGUCACUCCCUACCGUUUACUAUAACGACGAUCCAAAGUCUUUCGCGCACCCAACUUGCCAUAAGAGAUGGCCAAUUAUUCUUAAGGACAGUAUUAGAGAUGUCAAGAAACAGAUAGUACCCUCCAAUGCGGAAGCCGGGGACGAAAUUGUGCUGAAGUUGAGCAACCUACUUGAAGCUUUAGAAUCCGAUGCCAAAGUUCUUCCAUUCACAGAGGAAGAGAUUGCCCUCAAUGCCGAUUUAUCCCACUACAAUGUGACCCUUGCCGAGUUCAACUCCAAGAAGGAAGUCACUUGGCUCACUGGACCCUGGUUAUUCUUAGAGUGCUACAUUUACCAACUCAUUAACUUGUACAUUCUCCAAACCAAGAAUGAAUUCUGGAUCAAAAAAUUCGAUUUUUUCGAAGACUUGAAGAACCAGACUUUCAAGCAAUCUGAGUUUGGGGUGCUCGAAUUAUGUAAACGUUAUGAGUUACUUAGCGAGCAGAUCAAGGGCGAAAACAUUGACUUGGAAACAUUGAAAUUAUUGUUUAACGAGUUUAUCGACGUUUCCUUGUGGGGUAAUGCCACUGAUUUGUCAUUACUCGCUGGUAAUGUCACCCUUGAAGAUAUCAAGUCAGUGCAAGGAGCUGAAGUCCGUAAGAAGAAUGAAGAAAAGAUCUUAAUCAAUGAUCUUGAGGAUGCUUGGAAAAAGAUAGCAGCAAGCGAAAAUACCAAUAAGAGGAUAGAUAUUGUCUUAGAUAACUCUGGAUUUGAACUUUUCACUGAUCUUGUCUUGGGACUUUUCUUAUUGGAUACGAAGCUUAUUAGUGAACUCCACCUUCACGUGAAGAGUAUCCCAUGGUUUGUAAGUGAUACAAUGACUAAAGAUUUCCAUAAUCUCUUGGAUCAAUUGGUAGACCCAAAAUUCUUUGAAGAAACUAUCCAUAAAGAUCAAGAUAACGAAAAGGCUAUCAAGUACUUACAUUCGAAGUUGGUAGGUUACUUUGAAAAUGGCAAUAUUAAAAUAGAUGAACAUAAGUUCUGGACUUUGGAUUACAACUACUGGCAAAUUCCCAAGGAAACUGAUUUAUACAACUCCUUGUUGAAAUCGGAUUUGAUUAUCUUUAAAGGUGACUUAAAUUAUAGAAAGCUUACCGGGGAUUUGAUGUGGGACAAGACUACCCCGUUCAAAACCGCAAUUCAGGAUUUAGCAACUUCAAAGUUACCAAUUUUGAGCUUAAGGACCUGUAAGGCAGACGUUGUCGUAGGAUUGCCGGAGGGGGUCAAUGAGAAGUUGAUUAAGACAUACAAAGAAAUGGGCAAUGAUAUUGGAGAAUUCUGGACCUCUUCUGGAAAAUGGGCUGUAAUCAGUUUCAAUAACUAG